AUGAGUACAAACAAAUCAGUCACUGCUGUGAAGCUAGUGCUAUUGGGUGAAGCUGCCGUGGGUAAAUCCUCAUUAGUGUUGAGGUUUGUCAGUAACGACUUUCAAGAAAACAAAGAACCUACAAUUGGUGCUGCAUUCCUUACACAAAGAUGUGCUAUUGGUGACAAGACUAUCAAAUUCGAGAUAUGGGACACUGCUGGACAAGAAAGAUUUGCCUCAUUAGCUCCAAUGUAUUAUCGUAAUGCCCAGGCCGCAUUGGUUGUGUAUGAUAUAACCAAACCUGCUUCAUUCAUUAAGGCACGUCAUUGGGUUAAAGAACUACAUGAACAAGCAUCAAAAGAUAUAAUCAUUGCAUUAGUUGGUAAUAAAUAUGAUUUGGUUGAAGAGAAUGAAGAGGAGAAUAGAAAAGUUGCAUAUGAAGAAGGUAAACAAUUGGCUGAGGAGGAAGGUUUAUUGUUUUUUGAAACUUCUGCUAAAAGUGCAUUCAAUGUUAAAGAAGUGUUUUUAGCUAUUGGUAAUAAGAUUCCAAAUCCUGAGGAUGUUGCUAAUAAUGAAACGACGAGAAGUGAUGCCAAUAGAGUUGAUUUGAAUGUGAAUAAUGAUUCUCCAGAGGCUAAUGGUUGUAAUUGUUAG